CCCCCCCCCCCACCCCCCCCUCUCUCUCCUCAUCGCCGGAGGUCGACGCCAUCCGCCGCCUCCAGGGUUCGGAUCGGCGAGGUUUUCAACUGACUUAGGGUUUCUUGAUCUCGAUCGUUGAAUUUGGCGAGGUCAUUUCUAGGGUUUUUGGUGUGGUUUUAUGGCGAGUGAAUGGGAUUAGAGACCAAAUGUAGGGUUUUUUUUUUAAAUUUUUAAUACAAUCUUUGAAAAGGAUGGGGAUGUUAGGUUUUAGAGUUGGAUUUCUACAAUGCUGAGCUGGGUCGCAGCCAAUUUUAGGGUUUCUUGGUGUUUUCAGAAGCUAAAAAAUUCCUAGGGUUUUAAAGCUGGAGGUUUCUUGAAAAUUUCGGGGAAAGUGAGAGCUUGACUAGACCCUAACAAGUUAAAAAAAAGUGGGAGCGAUCAGAAGAUUUUCGUGAUCAGGUGCCAAGAUCUCACGAUAAAGGGGGGAAAAAAAGAAAAAGUUCCUGAGCAUUGUCAAUGUCGGGAGCUACAAGGACUCGGUCGAUGAGUGCAGAAGAAGAAUCAGAGGCCAGGCCAGUCCUCGGACCGGCAGGAAACAAGGCGAGAUCGCCGUCGAUCACUCGAAAACCAGCUUCAAAGCCAUUGAGAAAACUUGAAAGAGCUGAGACUGGGAAGAAAGAGGAGAAGAAGAAGGAAUCAUCCCCUGUUCACGAUUCACCCCCUCUCGUUUCGUCUCUAAGUGCUCCCUCUUCAUUGUUGAGGAGGCAGGAGCUCCUGCUGCGUUCAAACUUGUCUUUGAAUGCUUCUUGCUCUUCGGAUGCUUCGACUGAUUCGUUCUGUAGCCGGGCUUCUACUGGAAGGAUUGGGAGACCAAGCUUUACCAAUCGAAGGAGGCAGGGAGUUCCGAGGGCUGAGAAGAUAGCAUCGAAGCUGGAGAAGAUAGUUCCUGAUGGAGACGCGAAAGCUCCGCCUGAGUUUUUGCAGGGGAAGAGGAGGUGUGCUUGGGUCACACCCAAUACUGAUCCAGGUUAUGUUGCCUUCCAUGAUGAGGAAUGGGGUGUGCCUGUUCAUGAUGACAGGAAACUGUUUGAGUUGCUCGUACUAUCUGGCGCAUUAGCUGAACUUACAUGGCCGACAAUCCUCAGUAAAAGGCACAUAUUUAGGGAGGUUUUUGUGGAUUUUGACCUGGUGGCGGUCUCUAAAUUGAACGAGAAGAAGAUUAUAGCCCCUGGAAGCACCGCCAGUUCCCUAUUGUCAGAGCCCAAAUUACGUGCCAUUAUCGAGAAUGCUCGCCAAAUACUAAAGAUUAUAGAGGAGUUCGGAUCAUUUGAUAAAUACUGCUGGGGUUUUGUGAACCACAAACCAAUUACAAGCAGAUUCCGCUACCCUCGACAAGUACCGGUCAAAACUCCCAAAGCCGAAGUCAUCAGCAAGGAUUUAGUAAAGAGGGGUUUUCGCAGUGUGGGGCCCACCGUCAUAUAUACCUUUAUGCAGGUUGCGGGUCUGACCAACGACCACCUCAUCACCUGCUACCGCUUCGAUGAGUGUGCUACUGCAAUCACAGCCACAGCAACAGCAAGCAGUAAUGACGAAGUGUGUGCUACCAAGGAUAAUAAUAAUAAUAAUGAUUGCAAGGAGGUAAAGAAAAACGAUGAGGAUGUUGAUUUCGAGUUGUCAAUAUCUGUGGAUGGGCUGAGCUUCUCGUCAUCAUAGCGGAGAUGGGGUGAUUUUCAUGUAAUUUUGGUUUGAGGUAGUGGUGAUGGGUUCUGUAUAAAGAUUUAUGAAAAUUAUGCAACCUGGCUUGUAUAUUUUCCUUUACGUUGUUAACAAAGUUGAUCAUGUUUCAUUUGA